UUGAUUUUUCCUUCCCGCCGGCUCUUGACGGUUGCUUUUGGCACGUGCAAUUUUUUCACACAAAGUAAAAUAGAAAAUUUUCGCUCUAAUUCAUAGUUAAACACUGAUGCUGAUUAUCGGAAAUUAAUCUAUUCGAUUAUUAGCAGUGUUUAGCAAUGUCACCAUCACCGAUCCGAUGCCGUGGUCCAUGGAAAAUACAAAAGCGUUCAUCAGAGCCAGAUCGUUGGCUCGACGAGAUGGGCUUUUUUCGCAAACAUACAGCUAGAGACUCCAGCUGCCUUUUUAGGGCAGUAUCCGAAAACAUAUACAACACACAGCGAUACUAUCACACAGUUAGAAUAAAUUGCAUAGAAUUUAUGGCUUCUAACAGGCAUCUUUUUGAGGGGUCAUUGAGUUGUCCCAUUGAAAAUUAUCUCAAAGAGAUGUCGAAUCCUUCUGAAUGGGGUGGAAUUAUUGAGGUGUCAGCUAUGAGCCAUUUGUAUAGACGAGACUUUGUAAUAUUUGAAGCAAACAAAGGUCCACAAACAAAUAUCUGCAAUGGUUAUGGCAAUACUAUUUAUUUAUUCUAUUCCCCUGACACAAAACACUUUGAUGCAGUAUACACCAAAGAAUUUAUUAACAAUUCUGCAUUCUGUCAAUCGCUUGUGUACGAACUCCUAUAUGAUCGUGUGUACCACCUGGAGGACUUGUCUUAUGCGAUUGAAAAAAUGCUCCACGACAAAGUUUCAAGCAACCACAUUGAAUACUUCCUCCCUGAGAAUGUGGAACGAUGCAAGAAACAGAAAGAGAGAGCUAAGAUUUUCAUUGAAGAAACUAAUGAAGAUGACAAAGAUAAAAAUAAUAAUUCUCUGACAUUGAAAUGUAAACAUCAUACCAAUGAUGUUGAGAAAGCAAGCCUGUUUAAGGAAUCAUUAAGCAUAUUUGUGUUCAACCGAAGUCUCAUACAGCUUGAGAAUGUCUGUUUAAAUUGUCUAAACGUAAACAGUGCUAAAGUACUGCUUGAUAAUGGAAUAACACCAUUUCCUUAUAAAGUAGCAAAGGCGUUAGAUCCUGACAUUUAUCGUAACAUUGAAUUUGAUGUCUGGAGCGAAAUGAGAAGAGAAUUACGGUUCGGAGCUCGAUAUUCGGAUGGCACUACUUUGCAAGUAGGCGUUAAGUGCUUGUGCAAGUUAGACGUAGACCAGGCUGUGCCGUACCAUUGUCAUAUUCAGGAAAUGGGACCGGAUGGUGGCCCGUGCUUGGUUUUUAUCGAAGAGCUGGGAGAGAAACGCAUUGUAAACUUUGAUCAAUUGGAACCUCUCCCAGUCGAGGAAAUUAAGCCAUGGGCACCUCCAUAUAGAUACUCUCGAGCUAAUUCUCAACUGCUCAAUCUCAGCCAAAUGCUACAACAGAUAGGUAACAUCGCGCGUAAACAAGGCUUAAAAGCUAACAAGAAAUCUAAAACAGAUGAAAUGAGAGUAUCUGAGAAGGAAAAGAGUAAAAUAGAUUGGAGCGAGGACAAAACAGAUAUGUCUUACGGCACUUACUAUCCUACGUACCAACAUGUGGACUAUUAUAAUUUUCAGCCAAUACCAGUUGAAAUAGAAGCGGUUCCCCUGAUGGUGGACUGUAGGACAGCGGGCGCUCCGCCCCAAGAAAUUAACGGCUCCGCGCCGGACAACCACACUCAGCAAUCGGGUGGUGGGGACGUUGGCAACGCCGUCAGCUCGUCCGCUCGCGCCUCCACGCCCGCUACCACUAAUUCCAUCACCACUUAUACUGGUGGUAACCCGCCGCUCACGCACAUGUCAUCGAGCGUGCCGUACAACUGCGCGCCGUAUAUGUGCGGCGUGAAGUCUGUGGUGUGGUGCGCCCCCCACUCGCCGCAGUUGGCCGGAGCCCAUGCCCCACCCCCACCCCCGCAUGGUGUCAACCCGCACGUGUACAAGAGCGUGCAAGCGAAUGGCGCGGAUCUGCCUAUGAACGACAUACCAACGCUCCGCUACUACUUCAACCUGGGCGUGGAGUGCACGUGGGCGGCGUACGGCCCCCCGCAGCCGCCGCCCCACGCGCCGCAUCACCCGCCGCCCAGGCACUACUCGCCCGCCGCUGUUGCACAGGACAUGCAACAGAUGUCGCUGCACGAGCGGCCGAACCACGACAAGCACAAGCCGAACGACAAGCCCCUGGGGCCCUCCGCGCCCAAGGGCAACGGGCAGAGGCCCUUGCUGGGGCCACGUUUCAAGCGCGGCAACAACCAGGACAACAACCAAAGCAACAAUCACAACCAGAACAAAGGGCACAACAACAACAUGUCCAACAAGGGACCUAACAAUCGCCGCAACUCAUACGUAGACAACCGCAACCCCUCGUACGAGGAAGGUUCCGUAGGAGUGGGGGGAGGGGUUGUGGAAGCACCCCUGCUGACCUUCCCCUACGCGCCCUACCCCCCGCCGAUAUACCCCCUGCCGUACUACCAUAUUGAUGAGCCUGCUAUGAUGGGCAUGAUGAGCGGCAUGAACACGAUGGGCUACAUGUACGAGGAGGGCAUGGAGUUCGGCGUGCAGCCCGUGUACGGCGCGCCGCCCUACCCGCCCGUGCCGCAGGUGCCGCACCCGCCGCACGUGCCGCACCCGCCGCACGUACCGCACCCGCCGCACGUACCGCACUCACCGCACGUACCGCACCCACCGCACGCACAGCACGGACAGCACGUGCACCAGAAUGUGCACGCGCACGCUCAGCCGAUACAUGAGCAUAAGUAGAGGAAAUGGGGACAAGGUUAGGGUUGCCACUUUGGUAUUAUUGUUGUAGGGAAGCCGGUGUGCCUAGUGUGAGUUUUCAUCGAGUACGAAACGUUACUAUCGCGUCUGCGUCACAGCGAAAUUUGUAUGGGGAAUCAAAGCUUCCCCAUACGUCCGCUAGGGGCGCUGUUCGAUUUCCCAUACUAAUUCGGCUGUGACGCAAACGCGAUAGUAACGUUUCGUACUCGAUCAAACUCACACUAGGGGUACAGAUGGCACUUUUUUGAGUUGGUAAUUUUUUUUAAUUUCUAGCUGUAGCGUACAGUUGUGUAUGAUUGUGUGAAGGUAAAUUUUAGUUAUGAUAUACGAUAAACGUACUUUGUUGUGUUCGAUUGAUUUUCAGUGCAAUUCUUGGUCUUAGAAUUAGCGCGCAAGAACAACUUUUGUCUCCGCAACUAUUUUGUCUCC